CCGGCAGUGAGCACACAAGACACCUUGCAAUGAUCUCGCUGGACCUCAAUUUCAACAUUUUGACAAGGGACCUGUCUCAUUACCUGGAAAACCAAGUCAAAGUUGGACUCCUCGGCUCGGGAGUUGGACUGUCUCUGGUGCUGGGUUUCAGCGCAGCCUACACCUGCUACUAUCUCAUAUCCGUAGCCAAGAAGCCGCAGCUCAUCUCGGGAGGCAAGAAGUUCUGCCAGUUUUUGCGCGAGCAAUGUCCCAUAGUGUCGGAGACCUACUACCCCACCUUUUGGUGCUGGGAGAGCCGCAUCCAGACUCUCCUCAGACCAUUCGUCACAGCAAAACCCGGUAUCGUCUAUAGGAAUGAGCUCAUUAAGGCAGCAGAUGGAGGACAGAUCUCCCUGGAUUGGUUUGAUAACGAUGACAGCCUCGCUCAUCCCGACCCGGCCUCCAGACCCACAAUCCUCCUCCUCCCCGGCCUGACCGGCACCAGUCGAGAGUCCUACAUCCUGCACAUGGUCCAGCAGAGCCGGGACCUGGGCUAUAGAGCGGUGGUCUUCAACAACAGGGGAGUGUCGGGGGAAACUCUGCUGACGCCACGGACCUACUGCGCCGCCAACACCGAGGACCUGGAGACUGUUAUCGAGCACAUCCACACUACAUAUGAGGUCGCUCCCAUCAUGGCGGCGGGUGUGUCCAUGGGCGGGAUGAUGCUCGCUAACUACUUGGGGCGCAAGGGCCAAGAAACGUGCCUGAAAGGGGUGGCGGUCUUCUCAGCGGGAUGGGAUGUAUUCGAGUGCACGGCUUCGCUGGAGAAGCCGCUGGACCGUUUCCUCUUCAACUCCUACCUCACCAGCUGCCUUCAAGCCUCCGUGCACAGACACAGGCUGGUGCUUGAACAGUGCUACGAUAUCGACCACGUAAUGAAGGCCAGGACCAUCCGAGAGUUUGACGAGAGGUUCACGUCCAUCAUGUUUGGUUACGCCACCAACGACGACUACUACCACGACGCUAGUCCCGUCCACAAGUUGAAAUCGGUGCAGGUGCCUAUGCUGUGUCUCAAUGCUGCUGACGACGUCUUUUCUCCAUCUCACGCCAUCCCUGUGGAAGUGGUGAAGCAGAACCCCAACCUGGCCAUGCUCAUUACCUGCCACGGCGGCCAUAUAGGCUUCCUGGAGGGCCUGUGGCCAAGGCAGAGCACCUACAUGGACCGAGUCUUCCGACAGUUUGCCCGGGCUGUCAUCGAGCAAGGAAGUGGACUGGAAGACCUCACCUGAGAGGACCUCUACCAAGUGUCCCCCAGUCCCUCUAGUUCUUUACUAGUUUCUUUACUUCUGUCUUCAUGCAUUCCAUUUUGGCCCGAUUUUUCCGUCCUUACCUCCUUCAACCCUCCAACUUCCUUGCAUUCUAUCCUUUGUCCUUCCCUCACUGCAUUCCAUCCAUCCUUCAUUCCUUAUCCUACUUUCCUCUAUUGACUUGCUUUCAUCUUUGUCCUCCAUGUAUCCGUCCUUUUCUCCUUCCGUGCCGAAACGUAAAAAAAACAAUUGCUCUGAUUGUAAGGGCACAUCCUGUUAACUUCUUUCAACCUCAUUUUGUUUUUCUUAGUCCUAAUUUGUGACCAUGGCUUCAUUGAUGUUUAGAACAAUGAGCUGUAAACAUAUUUUGAUGCAAGUACUGUAGCAAAUAAUUCAAUCAAGUUAGCUAGCUCACGUACAAUACGCCCUUUAGCGUUCAUCCGUAGAAUUUUAGCCCUCAGGAAUUUCAUUUCUUUUUACUCCGGUUUCAUUUUAGAGGAAUAGUUUCACCUUUUGGCACUUUUUCUCCAUUUUUCGAACCCCUAAUAUUCAACACUCCUGCACUAGAUGUCCGUUAGACUACAGCUGAUGUUAAAAUAGGGCUAGCUUGUGCUGGGUUAGAACAUAGUUCAGUUCAACCGUAAAAGUACUAAAAUGUAUUAGUUAUUAUUAAAUUUACAAGUGCGCAGUGCAACUAAGCAGAUCCUUGAUCCCGCCCACCUUCUCUUGAUUGACAGAUGAACUAAUUUACAAAAAAAAUUAGAGAUGUCCGAUAAUGGCUUUUUGACGAUAUCCGAUAUUCCGAUAUUGUGCAACUCUUAAUUACCGAUUCCGAUAUCAACCGAUACCGAUAUAUACAGUCGUGGAAUUAACACAUUAUUAUGCCUAAUUUUGUUGUGAUGCCCCGCUGGAUGCAUUAAACAAUGUAACAAGAUUUUCCAAAAUAAAUCAACUCAAGUUAUGGAAAAAAAUGCCAACAUGGCACUGCCAUAUUUAUUAUUGAAGUCACAAAGUGCGUUAUUUUUUUUAACAUGCCUCAAAACAGCAGCUUGGAAUUUGGGACAUGCUCUCCCUGAGAGAGCAUGAGGAGGUUGAGGUGGGUGGGGUUAUAUAUAUCCCGGAAGAGUUAGUGCUGCAAGGGGUUCUGGGUAUUUGUUCUGUUGUGUUUAUGUUGUGUUACGGUGCAGAUGUUCUCCCGAAAUGUGUUUGGCAUUCUUGUUUGGUGUGGGUUCACAGUGUGGCGCAUAUUUGUAACAAAGUUGUUUAUACGUCCACCCUCAGUGUGACCUGUAUGGCUGUUGACCAAGUAUGCAUGCAUUCACUUGUGUGUGUGAAAAGCCUUAGAUAUUAUGUGAUUGGGCCGGCACGCAAAGGCAGUGCCUUUAAGGUUUAUUGGCGCUCUGCACUUCUCCCUACGUCCGUGUACACAGCGGCAUUUUAAAAAGUCAUAAAUUUUACUUUUUGAAACAGAUACCAAUAAUUUCCAAUAUUACAUUUUAAAGCAUUUAUCGGACAUCUCUAAAAAAAAUAUCUCAAAAAAAAUUUUUUUUAUAUAUAUAUAUAUAUAUAUAUAUAUAUAUAUAUAUAUAUAUAUAUAUAUAUAUAUUGACAAGGACGGGGCGAGGGUCACCACUUUGUGAACAAAUGCGUAAGCAAAUUGUCCAACAGUGUAAUUGAUUAAAUUAGUUUUUUAAAAUGUAAUUGUGAAUAAACAAUUGUGAUUUAAAGCAUAUAUCAAAUAUAAUACAUUACAGUAUUUAAAAAUAUUACAUUUUUAUGUAAAAUUAUUUCAUACAAUUAUUUUUAUUUUUAAUAUAUAUAUAUAUUUUAAUACAUAUUUCAUUAUCUGUGUCAUUGACUGUUUUUAGUUUUGCCACACAAAAUAUAUCCUUUAUAGAUGUAUUUCACUCGAUAAUGCAAAGCAAAUAGUUUAGCCUUAAUGUCACCUUAAAGCAGGGGUGUCAAGGUCAAGGCCCGCGGGCCAGAAUGAAUGAUCUAUGGCCCCUGGGAUGAUCUUUGAUUAGUAUUAGAACCGGCCCGCAGGCCACAGCCGCCUGCUGCUGUUUUGCACGCACCAAUACUCCAUCAGUAUGAUUUUUAAAAUGGGGUCCCACAGUAUAUUUUUGGGGUCCCACUUUUUUAUAACAGUUUUGAAAACAAAUGAUAAAUUAUCCUGUUAUAUCUCACAUUCUAUAUUGUGUUUUGGAAAAACAUUAUUUAAUUCAUUAAAAAAAUUAUGCAAAAGAAAACACAUUUUUAUGCAUAUGUAAAUGUAUUCAGUUGUAAACAUUCAUUCAUUCUUUCCUUCAUGAAUCUAAAUUUUACCGCUGCCGGUAUUUUUUGCUAUAUUUUUAUUGUAAUAUUUUCGGAAUGUGUUUGUUCUAUUUUUGGCCAAAGAAAACAAUCUGAAGUUGUCUUUAUUUUUUUAGUUAUCAUGCCAUGAUUUUAAAUAGUCCGGGCCGCGUGUGCACAGAUGUUCCUCCUUGCGGCCCCUGAGCUAAAAUGAGUUUGACACCCCUGCCUUAAAGAAUAACUUUCCAGAAACAUUUGUUUUUCAAUGAUGUCAUUUACCAGUCCGCGAAUAGUGUAUUUGUGGUUUAAUGCUGCGUACACUUAUGACAGGAGACUAUAAAAUGUCAGUGAAUGAAUAUUCAGUGACUGUGAAGCCAUGAAUAUUGCACACGUUAAAUAGAAAUUAAUUAUGGGUGUCAUCAAAGAACCUAUAGAGUCUAGGACAGGGGUCACCAACCUUUUUGAAACCAAGAGCUACUUCUUGGGUACUGAUUAAUGCGAAGGGCUACCAGUUAGAUACACACUUAAAUAAUUUGCCAGAAAUAGCCAAUUUGCUCAAUUUACCUUUAACUCUAUGUUAUUAUUAAUAAUUAAUGAUAUUUAUCUUUGUGGAAACACUGAUCAUCUUAAUGAUUUCUCACAAUAAAUAUAUAUACAAACGGAUGAAUAUCAAUAUGCAACACUUUAUUUUUGUAUUUUCUCUAAGUGCACAUUUUUCAAAUUGAACAUUUUCAAAUGUUCACUUCUAAGACAAUCUUGUGAAAUCACAAUAUCCCAUUUUAACUAGCGAGCCACUAAAAAAUGUUAACAAAUCAUGAAUUACUUUGCACCAUGUUUGUACAAAUAAUAACUCAUGUAAAAUACAAAAGUCAACUCUCAAAUUUUUAAAUAAAUCAUGUCACACUUUGAACUGGACAUAAAAAGAUUGGUAUUUCUGUCUUGUCAUUCCGUCGUACAUUUUUUUUCCUUUUACGGAAGGUUUUUCGUAGAGAAUGAAUGAUGAAAAAAACACUUAAUUGAACGGUUUAAAAGAGGACUAAACACGAAAAAAAUGAAAAUUUUAUUUUGAAACAUAGUUUAUCUUCAAUUUCGACUGUUUGAAAUUCAAAAUUCAACCGAAAAAAAGAAGAGAAAAACUAGCUAAUUCGAAUAUUUUUGAAAAGAAUUUAUGGAACAUCAUUAGUAAUUUUUCCUGAUUAAGAUUAAUUUUAGAAUUUUGAUGACAUGUUUUAAAUAGGUUAAAAUCCAAUCUGCACUUUGUUAGAAUAUAUAACAAAUUGGACCAAGCUAUAUUUCUAUCAAAGACAAAUCAUUAUUUCAUUCAGAACAAAAAUUUUAAAAGAAAUUUAAAAGACUUCGAAAUAAGAUUUAAAUUUGAUUCUACAGAUUGUCUAGAUUUGCCAGAAUAUUUUUUUUGAAUUUUAAUCAUAAUAAGUUUGAAGAAAUAUUUCACAAAUAUUAUUUGUCGAAAAAACAGAAGCUAAAAUGAAGAAUUAAAUUAAAAUGUAUUUAUUAUUCUUUACAAUAAAGAUAAAAAUUUUUACUUGAACAUUGAUUUAAAUUGUCAGGAAAGAAGAGGAUGAAAUUUAAAAGGAAAAAAGGUGUAUGUGUUUAAAAAUCCUAAAAUCAUUUUUAAGGUUGUAUUUUUUCUCUAAAAUUGUCUUUCUGAAAGUUAUAAGAAGCAAAGUAAAACAAAUAAAUGAAUUUAUUUACACAAGUAAAGACCAAGUCUUUAAAAUAUUGUCUUGGAUUUUCAAAUUAUAUUUGAGUUUUGUCUCUCUUAGAAUUCAAAAUGUUGAGCAAAGCGAAAUCAACUUGCUAGUGAAUAAAAUAAAGUUUAAAAAAUAGAGGCAGCUCACUGGUAAGUGCUGCUAUUUGAGCUAUUUUUAGAACAGGCCAGCGGGCGACUCAUCUGGUCCUUACGGGCGACCUGGUGCCUGCGGGCACCGCGUUGGUGACCCCUGGUCUAGGAUGUCUUUGAAUGUCAUCAAAUGUACGCGCAUCUUAAACCCACUGCAUGCAUACAUGCUUCUCCAGCACCUGUUGUUUGGUAGCAUAUAUAAUGACAAGGAAUGUGGACUUGCACUAUUUUAGUUUUCUUAAUUUGUUAACAAUUUACAGCACUUCAUUCAUAUCAUGUGACUUAUGAAAAAAAGCCUAAAGGCAGCGUUGAUGUGAGGCUGGCUGCUGAAUAUAACGCACACAGGAAGUGUACACAAUCAAGCAGUGAGAGAGUGUGACCAGGCUGCGUUCACGCUUGUCGUGUUUGGUUCCGCUAAAAAAGAACUCUGGUGUGUUUGCUCUGCUAAUAUAGUCUGAACAUCAUCAGUGUGCACUAAACACAUGCAGAUCGACUCACUUGAGCUCAAAUAUGUAUGCCACAAGGACUGGUGUUAAAAUCAUGAAGAAAUGACUAAUAAUAUGUCAGUGAAAAUGUGUUGGAGAUGCUGUCUCUGCCUCUGCUCUCCUCUGUGCUAUUUAAAAGUAUAUUUUAGAAGUUUUUUGGUGAAAUCUAUAAAUAAAUACAGCAGAAUAUGAAAAGAACCCACGUAUUCAACGCAGCAGACGGGAUUUUGGUCAGUAAUAUUUGAAUUGCAACACAUAAUAUGUUACCAAACCUCUUUGAAAGUAUGUUUUAGAAGCUUUUCUUUAAAUCUAAGUUGUUACAAAACCCAAAACCAGUGAAGUUGGAACGUUGUGUAAUUCGUAGAUAAAAACAGAAUACAAUGAUUUGCAAAUCCUUUUCAAUUUAUAUUCAAUUGAAUAGACUGCAAAGACAAGAUAUUUAAUGUUCGAACUGAGAAACGUAAUUUUUUUUUUGCAAAUAAUCAUUAACUUUGAAUUUAAUGGCAGUAACACAUUGCAAAAAAGUUGGCACAGGUGCAUUUUUACCACUGUGUUACAUGGCCUUUCCUUUUAACAACACUCAGUAAACGUUUGGGAACUGAGGAGAUACAUUUUUGAAGUUUUCAGGUGGAAUUCUUUCCCAUUCUUGCUUGAUGUACAGCUUAAGUUGUUCAACAGACCGGGGUCUCCGUUGUGGUAUUUUAGGCUUCAUAUUGCGGCACACAUUUUCAAUGGGAGACCGGUCUGAACUACAGGCAGGCCAGUCUAGUACCCGCGCUCUUUAACUAUGAAGCCACGCUAUUGUAACACGUGGCUUGGCAUUGUCUUGCUGAAAUAAGCAGGGGCGUCCAUGAUAACGUUGCUUGGAUUACAACAUAUGUUGCAUAUGAUUCUCAUAUGAUUCUCUGAACAUUUCAAUGAUAUUACGGACCGUAGAUGGUGGAAUCCCUAAAUUCCUUGCAAUAGCUUGUUGAGAAAUGUUGUUCUUAAACUGUUCGACAAUUUGCUCAUGCAUUUGUUCACAAAGUGGUGACCCUCGCCCCAUCCCUUGUUUGUGAAUGACUGAGCAUUUCAUGGAAUUUGCUUUUAUAUCCAAUCAUGGCUCCCAAUUAGCCUAUUUACCUGUGUGAUGUUCCAACUAAGUGUUUGAUGAUCAUUCUUCAACUUUCUCAGUCUUUUUUGCCACUUGUGCCAGCUUUUGUGAAAAAUGUUGCAGGCAUCAAAUUCCAAAUGAGCUAAUAUUUGCAAAAAAUAACAAAGCUUUCCAGUUCGAAUGUUAAGUAUCUUGUCUUUGCAGUCUAUUCAAUUGAAUAUAGGUUGAAAAGGAUUUGCAAAUCAUUGUAUUCUGUUUUUAUUUACGAUUUACACAACGUGCCAACUUCACUGGUUUUGGGGUUUGUAUAUUUUAGAAGCUUUUCUGAAAAUUGAGGUUGUUAUAUACAGCAGAAUAAAAUAAUACCCAAUGUAUUCAACCCAGCAGAUGGCAUUUUGGUUUGGAAUAUUUGCGCUACAUCAAAAAAGCUAUGUAAAGGUAUAUGUUAGAUGCUUUUUAUGAAAAUAAGAAAAACAUAGCAGAAUACUGUAUGUAUUCAACCGAGUAGACAGCAUUUUGGAUUGCAAUAUUUGAGUGAAAAAAGCUCUUUAAAAGUAUAUUUUAAAAGUUUUUCCUAAAAUCUUACAGCCUAAAUACAGCAGAAUAUAAGAAUAACCUGUAUUCAACCCAGCAAAGCCUUUUUUGGUUAGGAAUAUUUGAAUUACAUCAUGUCGUAAAUUACAAAAGCUCUUAAAAAGUGUCUUUUACAAGCGCUCAUAAAAAAGGUCAAAUAAAAGGUUUAAGAAGCUUUUCAUGAAAUCUAAGCUGGUAAAUACAGCAGAAUAUAAAACAUGUGACCGACAGAUUCAGCCCAGCAAAAGGCAUGUUGGUUCGAAAUAUUUGAGUUACGACUAUUUUAGAUGCUUUUUGUUGAUAAAUGUAGCAGAAUAGAAAAAUGAGCAUUUUAAUUUACAAUAUUAAAGUGAAAGCUGCAGAAUGAAGUCCUUAAUUUAUGCAGGGUUUUUAUUUUUAUUUUUUUACUUUGGUUCCAUGAAAACGACACCAGAGUGAACGCUAAGCAAACCGCACCAAAGUGUGCUUCCAGUAUCUUUUUUGACAUUUUUGGUUGGGACCAGAGUACCAAAGCAGAAGUGUGAACGCAGCCUUAAAAAUGUUACAUGACUGUAUUCAGUACUUGAGACGUCCAAAUGGGGCAAAAACUGUACGAUGGGUGACCUUUUUGUUUAGUUUUUUGGAUAAGUAGAGCAAAAAAUACACUCCAGUACUACUUCUGUGUAGAUGAAUGCAUGACAAAUAAAAAGAGCUGUCCGGUGCAGAGCGUUGAGGUCAUCUACGCAUUUUUAAUUGAUGUUAUUCCCAGUGAAAACAUUUGCAGCAAUAACAAUAAAAAGUGUUAUCAGUACUGGUAUAAUGUACAUAAUCCACAUAAGUGUAAUAUGCUGUAUUUAAUAAAAUAUUUA